AUGCACUCACGGAACAAAUGGGAGCUGGCAAAAGUCCUGAUGGAAACGCUCAAUCAAACACAGAUCAAUAAGUUCUUAAAACUUGCCUGGACAAAAGAUCCUUCAAAGUUGAGCUUUGGUUUGGCAUACUGUCUAACAUUGUUUAUGGAGAUACUGCCAAGCGGGCCAGUAUGGAAAAUGGAAGAAAUACAGGCCAGAAAUUACAAGACUGAAAAACCCAUGAUCCUGUUGUAUAGGGAUGGUCUUGAAGUCGUCAAAUCACUGUUUGGAAAUCCUAUCUUUGCUAAACACAUGAUGAUGGACCCCAAGCAAGUAGUGAACAAAGAUGGCGAAUGGGAGUACAGCGAGUGGAUGACCGGUGACUAUGCAUGGGCUAUACAGGAUCAACUUCCUAUUGGUUCUACUAUUGUUGGAGUUGUUGGUGCGUCAGACAAGUCAACAGUUACUCAGGGAACAGGUGGUAUUGACAUGCAUCCUACCUUUUCUACACUCGCAAACAUCUCAUUGGACGUGCCUAUGAAAGCCACAACUCACUCUUGGCUCCGCACGGCUUUCUUACCUAUUCCAACAUUCCUGGAUUGUCACACUGAAUACCAAUCUAUUCUCUUGGAUUGUGUCUAA